UCUCUCCUCAACCACCACCAGUGUGGCAUUUGCAUAAAUACACAGUUCUGAGCACAGUGCACUUGUCUUGUGCACUUAUUUACUGUCACAUGCAUGUGCUCCCAAGUGGCCAAGACCACAAGUGUGGGUACUUGGACAAGGCAGAACCUCUUUCGUUCACUUCCUAAUCUAUGCUUUUCCUGGACUUUGUCUUAGCCAAAUUGCCCUAAUGUCUCACAAUCAUGGGCCGGUUCGUCAGUUUUCAUUUUAUCACAAUGAAUCAUUAUAAAGUUGAUCUUUUCUCUAUCUUCAUAUCUGUCCCCUAUUUUUUAAAGGCCCUCCAUUUACCUUUGCAUUUGAUCAGGGCCACAGGCCUGUCUGUAAGCUGAGCUGUAUUGAGGGAGACGCUGGGUGAUCUGAUCCCCUCUCACUAUGACACGACUUCUCAGCGCUCAAACUGAUCAGGUGUCCCUCUUUGCCACCAAGAGUCUGUCUCAGUAUGAAAUAGUGAGAGUUAAGAAGACCAGAGGAGACCCAAAAUGAACAGAUGAACACAAAGAGCAAGUUUCAAGCUAAUCAGACAAGAUGGACUUUAUAACUCUAUUAGGUAAAUUAGACGUGUGUUGUUUGUUUGGUUGAUUAUCAUAGUUUGCUAUACUACAAUCUACCUUCCUUACUCUUCUUCUACAUCUUUUGUUGUCUUUCCCCAGUCAAAUCUGAAAUUAACUGUAUAUGUUUGGGUGCUGUUAAGAUGAGUGUUUGAAGUAAGCCAUGGCUAAUCCAGAGGAACUGGAGUCUGCAGCAGGUGUAGAUGUUGGGGCUGAUAUAAACGGAGGAUCUAUUCCCUGUAGAGACACAACACAAACAGAUGGUCAGGGUACAACCGAUCAGAUAUAUCCUGAGAAAAUAGAGGUGGUCUCUGUAACUGAGGAUGACAUUCCUUCUGUGGAUACCCCGACCCUGCUCAACACCAGUCCACUGGACAGUUCAAGUGCCAGUCCUGCACCAGAUGACAGCACCAUCAAACCAACCAAAGACCCUCUCACAGAAACCCCUUCAACCCAGCCCAGCCUUUCAAUGCCAGUUACCAAAGUCCAGCCUUUUGUUACAGAGGAUAAAACAUUUAGGGGGAGACUGUUUGCACGCAGGAUGGAGAUACUUAUUGGGGCCUGUGUCCUGCUCACCCUCACUAUUGUGCUUGGAAUUGGAUUGGGCGUUGGAUUAAGCUGUACAGGGAAGUUUCGAUGUGCCUCUGGGUGCGUUAGCAUGUCUGCACAGUGUGAUGGGCACUUUGAUUGUGAACACGGAGAAGAUGAGCUGAGCUGUGUGCGUCUGAGUGGGAAGAGCUCUGUACUUCAGGUGCUCAUUGGAGGCGUCUGGAGGACUGUUUGUGCAGAGAACUGGGACUCUGAGCUUUCUCUCUCCGCUUGCAAACAGCUUGGCUAUCUGAGAUAUGUGGAGCAAAAAGCUCUUCCUCUGUCCUCUAUUGAGCAGGACUUCCAAAGUAACCUGGUGUCAAUAAGUAUGAACAACACAAAUGUACAGGAGGCCAUCAAGAUACACAACAUGACCAGUUUCAGUAAAACCCAGUGCAGUCUGGGGAUGAUAACAACACUUAAGUGUAUAGCUUGUGGUUCCAGACCUAAGUUCAGUGCUCGUAUAGUAGGUGGUAACCUGUCGGUUGAGGGUCAGUUCCCCUGGCAGGUGAGCCUGCACUUUCAGAACGAGCACCUCUGCGGAGGCUCCAUUAUAUCAUCUCGCUGGAUACUGACUGCUGCACACUGUGUAUAUGGGUUUGCAUACCCUGUGCUGUGGAACGUCUAUGUGGGCUUGAUUGAUCAACCGGUUAAUGCAAUGCAGUCUCUCGCUGUGGAGAAGAUCAUUUAUCACAGUCGCUACAGACCCAAGGGCUUGGACCAUGAUAUAGCUCUGAUGAAACUGGUGCAGCCCCUCAGCUUCAAUGGUUUUGUGGAGCCUAUUUGUCUGCCGAACUUUGGGGAGGAGUUUGAGGAUGGUAAAAUGUGCUGGAUCUCAGGAUGGGGCGCCACAGAUGAUGGAGGUGAAGGGAGUGUUUCGCUGCAUUCAGCAAGAGUUCCCCUGAUCUCUACAAAAGCUUGCAGUCAGCCGGAGGUAUACCAAGGUUAUAUAUCACCAGGCAUGAUCUGCGCAGGAUACUUAGAUGGGGGAACAGACUCCUGCCAGGGUGACAGUGGUGGUCCAUUGGCUUGUGAGGAUUCCUUCACCUGGAAAUUGGUGGGAGCCACGAGCUGGGGGCAAGGUUGUGCAGAAAAGAACAAACCUGGGGUUUACACGCGCAUCACACAGUCCCUCAGCUGGAUACAUCUGCAGAUGGAGAGAGAAGAAAUACUGCAUCCCUCUGCUACCAGCUCUGAUUAUUGAGACAUACAGUUUAAUUAUGGGAAAUGCAACAUCAGGGAACUGAAUCCAGGCAGAGACUUCACAAAAAAACAAAAAAAAAAAACCCUGCCACAGGCUGCACCUGUCACUGUAUGUCAUAUAGAGGCACAGCGCAAGGAAUCAUUAUAUUAUGUACACUCAAAUCUGAAAAAGUUUUAUUUGGUGUAAGUAGUCUUAUACAGUACUUGCUAUUGUUUUAAGAAAUACCUGCCAAACACUCCUCUUAUGUGUCAUGAAUGAUUAAAUACACAAAUAUUUCCAGAGACACGCAAGUGACAUUGUGACUAUAUCUAAUAUGCAAUAAAUAUGGAGA